AGUAAUCCCACACAUUAGCUAGUAUAAAUAGAUAGAUAGAGUCGUUGGUCUCUUACACCCGUCAUUUGAGUUUCUCAAGCUGGUCUCUGGUCAUAGCAUAGCGAGUGUUGCUAUUUGAACCUCCAUUUCAUUUCUACUUGCACCCCCACUCGCUCCAGCUUGAACAAUGGCGGAAACUUUUCUAUUCACAUCUGAAUCGGUGAACGAGGGUCACCCCGACAAGCUCUGUGACCAGAUCUCCGAUGCGGUGCUCGACGCCUGUCUUGAACAGGAUCCUGACAGCAAGGUUGCCUGUGAGACAUGUACCAAGACUAACAUGGUGAUGGUUUUUGGAGAGAUUACAACUAAGGCUAAUGUGGAUUAUGAGAAGAUUGUUCGUGACACGUGCCGCAACAUUGGAUUUGUAUCCGAUGAUGUUGGUCUUGAUGCUGACAAAUGUAAGGUUUUGGUUAAUAUUGAGCAGCAGAGCCCUGAUAUUGCUCAGGGUGUUCAUGGACAUUUCUCGAAGAGUCCGGAAGAGGUUGGUGCUGGUGAUCAAGGUCAUAUGUUUGGUUAUGCUACUGAUGAGACUCCUGAGCUUAUGCCUUUGAGCCAUGUCCUUGCAACCAAACUUGGUGCUCGUCUUACCGAGGUUAGGAAGAAUGGUACCUGUGCUUGGCUGAGACCAGACGGCAAGACACAAGUAACUGUUGAGUACUACAAUGAGAACGGUGCUAUGGUUCCGGUUCGUGUCCACACUGUCCUCAUUUCCACCCAACACGACGAGACUGUCAGUAACGACCAGAUCGCCGCUGAUCUUAAAGAGCAUGUCAUCAAGCCUGUUAUUGCCGAGAAGUACUUGGACGAGAAGACCAUCUUCCACCUCAACCCUUCCGGCCGCUUUGUCAUUGGAGGUCCUCACGGUGAUGCCGGUCUCACUGGAAGAAAGAUUAUCAUUGAUACCUACGGAGGUUGGGGAGCCCACGGUGGAGGUGCCUUCUCUGGCAAGGACCCAACUAAGGUCGACAGAAGUGGUGCCUAUGUCGUUAGGCAGGCAGCAAAGAGUAUCGUGGCUAACGGUCUUGCUCGCAGAUGCCUUGUUCAAGUUUCAUACGCUAUCGGUGUGCCAGAGCCUUUGUCAGUGUUCGUCGACAGUUACGGAACCGGAAAGAUUCCCGACAAGGAAAUUCUUCAGAUUGUGAAGGAAAGUUUUGACUUCAGACCUGGAAUGAUCACCAUUAACUUGGACCUUAAGAGAGGUGGCAAUAGCAGGUUUCUUAAGACAGCUGCUUAUGGACACUUUGGAAGGGAUGACCCUGAUUUCACUUGGGAAGUUGUGAAGCCACUCAAGUGGGACAAGCCUCAAGCUUAAGAAUUGUGUUGUGGAUUUUAUAUUCUUCCCUUUAUCAAUGUUUGUCUUACUACUAUUAGGUGUGGAUGAAUAAUCUGUGUGUUUAGUUUAAUUGUUGCUACUUCUGUCAUUUUUUCCCUCUUUUUUACUUACAAUUUAAAUUUUGUAAUGGAAUGUUAUUGUUACCUUGUUGGUGCAAUGAAUGUGUUUUAACUUUUACAGAA